AUGCCUAAUCGAAGCGGCAGGGCUCCAGCCAACCCAUGGGGCAGACUCAAGCCGGUAGAGCAAGACCCUCUGGAGAGCAUGGGAUUGCUGUCCAAGGGGGACACACGACUGCUCGACUAUAAGACACAAGAGAAAUUCUACACGACGAUUGUGGACAGGUACAUGAAGUUCUGCUCCGACGCAGGACAAGGUGACGAGCUUCUUCGCCGAUUCUCUUCCCUUCACAUUCACACAAGCACUAUACCAAGUAUACAAGAACAGACGCCAAAAUCGUCCCUUAGUACGACUGAAGCUCCCCAUCUCGUUCUGCCCGAGGACGCCUCAAGCGCUGACGGAUUGACAAAUAUUUUAUCGGCUCUGCGAAAACUCAGGGAAGGUAUCGUCGCGUCAAAACGCGUCGACGAUUUCGCAGCACAGGCUUACCUCUUUUGCAUACGUUUAUCUAUUCUGACUAAGCAGCCAGAGUCAUACCAUGCCGCUAUAUUACAUCUGCUGAGUGUGAUUCAUACCAAGAAUCCUCUUACGCCUUUGGAAGUUCGGGAAGUGGUUGGGUAUCUUGUGCUGGACACAGCGUGUCGUAGGCGGCAGCUGGCGGAAGCAAUUGCAAUUCGCCAGAAGUUUGCAUUGAAAGACGACAAGGUCCACGCAGCUCUACAAGCCAUUAUACAUGACAAUUAUGUUCUGUUCAGGCGAGUUCAGAGAAAUGUAGAUGGACAUAGAGCUCGAUUGAUGGAGUGGGCGGAGAGAGAUAUCAGAGUGCACACCCUCAAAUGUUUGGGAAGGACGUAUUUUUCUGUGGAUUUGAACUUUCUGGAAGACGUCACAGCAUCAAAAUGGGAAGAGUUGACGAGUCGCGAUGGCGUCGGAUGGGAGCUGGACAAAGACAGGGUGACCAUCAGAAAGAUCAAGGCUCGCUGA